UCAUGAGACUAGGCAACCCUGCGUGACGGUGAUGGAAUCCCACUGUCGCUCCGGGGGCGGGGCAGUGUGCGAGCGAAUGUGGUGGGUGUGAGUGGCACUCAAGCGGCUCCUGGCAAGCAAAGCUAAAACCAUUUUCUUUUUCUCCUCGUUUCCUCAAAUUGAUUUAACCUGUCAUAAGAUGAACCCUAAGUGAGAGAGGUGACUGCCUCAAGCACAGCAGUGUGGGGGAGUCUGUCCAGCCACGCACAGGACUUACGGAGUGACGGCGCGGCACGAUGGGCGUGGAGACGUGGCUGCUGCUGGCGACGGUGGCGGUGCUGGCGUGGCUCUACUCCAGGUGGCGCCACAGCUACUGGGCCUCGAGGGGCGUGGCCUCGCCGCCAGCCCUGCCCUUCAUCGGACAUUUUCACAAAUCGAUUUUCAUAAACAAGAAGCCGUGGGAGUUCCAGACUGAGUGUCGCAGCAGGUUCAGGGAGCCGUCAAUGUGUGGCCUGUAUGAGUUUUUCAAGCCUGCCUUGAUGGUCUGGGAUAUUGAAAUGUUAAAGCACAUUCUUGUUAAAGACUUUGAUCACUUCACUGACCGAAGACAAUUCAAUUUCGAUAAUGCUGCCCAGGAAAGAGAUAAAAUGAUGAUGGAGAUGCUGUCAGUAAAGAACGGUCCCCAGUGGAAGGGUCUGCGGGCCAUCAUGUCUCCCACUUUCACCUCAGGCAAGAUGAAAAGUAUGUAUCCUCUGGUGUGCGAGAAGGCCGAUGCUCUGGUCAAGUUUUCGAUGAACCAAGCAACCAAACAGCCUCACGUGGACAUGAAGAAAAACUUUGGCCGAUUCACAAUAGAUACAAUUGCAUCUUGUGCGUUUGGUCUUGAGUGCAAUUCUCUGGUGAAUGAAAAAGCCGAAUUCCCUCGUAAGGCAGACAUCUUUUUCAAUAUGACAGGGUUAAGGCUUCUGAAAUUUGUAAUCGUGAUGGUUGCUCCUAAAAUCUUAAGAACCUUCAAUAUAAGCGUAAAUCCCCCGGAGGUAGACUUCUUCAUCAACGCUGCGAAAGCGACCAUUGCAGCCAGGAGGGCGGGGCAGAAACGCGGAGACUUUCUGGACCUGAUGCUGGAGGUGCUGGAUAACCCCGACAAUCCGGACAGUAAACACGUGUUGAGCGACAUGAGUCUUGUGGCCCAAUGCGUGCUGUUCAUCAUCGCCGGCUACGACACCACCGCCUCCUUGUUGGCCUCUUCCUCCUUCCUGCUGGCUAAAAACAAGGACGAACAGCAGCGCCUCCGAGACGAGGUGCGGCAGAUCGUGGCCGAGCACGGCGACCUCACCUACCACGGCAUCAUGGAGAACAAGCUGCUCGACGCUUGUCUACAAGAAACUCUUCGUCUCUACCCACCGGCUACAGGGUUGGAACGUUCGUGCACCAAAACUUACACGUUGCCUGGUACUGACCUGACCCUCGAGCCCGGUGACCUGGUGCAAGUGCCAGUCUGGGGCAUCCACCACGACUCCCGCUACUGGCCAGACCCCGAUGCGUUCAUUCCAGAUCGCUUCCUGCCUGAGAACAAGAGCAACAUACAGCCCUUCACCCAUAUCCCCUUCGGAAUGGGGCCCAGGAACUGUUUAGCCAUGCGGUUUGCCCUGAUGGAGGCCAAGGUGGCGCUGGCCAAGUUGCUGCUGGAGGCCGAGCUGGAGCCGGCGCCGGGCCACGAAAACCUUGUUGUGACAAAUGCAGGAGGCCUACUGCGUCCAAAAGAUGGAGUGAAGUUGCUGCUGAAGCCACUCAAGGAAGAGUAAAUCACAACAUGAGCAUUUUGCCAGAUAGCAAUUGGAACACUACUACUACCACAUUAGGCCUAUUCAAAUAUACUACGGCAAGGCUAAUAAAAGCUCAUAAAGAAUCGUGCUUAUCUUCCGUUAUUUUUCACCAAUACGCACAAUCACUUCACCUAACUAUAAUCGUUUACUGCCCAUACAUUCCAUUACUCAAAGUCCUAUUGAUGCAUGCACGAAAUUUAUGACUACUAUGUAUUUCAAGGCCCGCGACAUAUCGUUUUAUUGCAAUAGCGUCUGAACUAGGUUGCUGAUUGACAUGGCAUUAAAACACAUUGUGUUUCAGACACCGACGUAAUUAGGAAAAAUAUAAGCAAGUAUCUACUCUGCUUCAUUAGGGUAGUUGUCUUAGAGACAUGCCAUCAAAAUUUGAUCGAAAGGCGAGUCAUCAAAAAGGCAAAUGGCAACUGGGGCACUGGGAGCGGGCUGAGGUGUAUCUACCAUGACGUAUGGCCGUGACGUGUACUCUUGCCACGCCCUCCAAUCAUUGACUACUAAAUAAUGUAAAACGUGCACUGAAAUAUAUUGCUCUGUGAUGGAGUUUAAGGAUACUGAACCGUGCUUGAAUGAAUUCAUAUUCGACCUCAGUUGAGGCUAUUACCCUAAUACAAUUAAUUAGCAGGAAUCGGCGCCUUCCCCGACGUACAUCAUUCACACACCCGUCAGCAAUAAACAACGUCCCAACAACGUCGUUUCGACGUGGUCUAUUUACGAUGGUCGUAACGUAGUCUGGCAGCGCGACAUUUUCUAACGUUGGGAUUCUACGCUCUGCAACACACCGGAGCUACGCCAGCACGCCCUCAGAGCCAUCUCUCAGGUCACCGAGCUGGACAGCGCCGUCUACUUCACUGAUGGGUCGGUGGAUCCGGAUAGCGAAAGGACCGGCGCCGCCUUCGUCACGGGUGGUCUGGAGAGGGCGUGGAGAACAUCAGACCACUGCUCCACCCUCCGGACGGAGCUGGUGGCCAUCCUCCACACCCUGCAACACGCCCAGCUCCGCCGGGAGGCCACUGUGGUGAUCCACACGGACUCGCGGACGGCGCUGCAGACCCUUCAGCGGACCCAGCCGAGGGACAACAUAGGCCUCACCACCGCCAUCGGCCCGGAUUCAUCAAUCUUACCAGCCACGCCUCCGGUGUCUCUCACAUUUACGGGAGCGCUACCAGAGCUGCGGCAUCUUUGAAACACGGGAUUCAUCAACGGUAUGGUAACGCUCCGGUAACUCGUAUCCUAGCAACGAUUGGUUGGGCUGGAUAGCCAAUCACGUGCAACCUUUGAUGCUGUAUUUCAGCUUUCACGUGUCGUUUGUUUACUAAAACACAGACUUCAAAAUCAAGACAUGUGUAUUGUACAGGCGUAAAUACUGCCUUAAAACAAAUAAUUAGCGUUGUAAUCCCUCAAUUAGAUGCGUUUUUUACGAUUGAAUGUACGUUAUCUCUAUAUUUAUCCUUGAAAUAAAAAUAUACUCGAU